UCAGUGUUGUUAGGUUUUCGGAGCGGAGCGGCGGAUCAUGACGGCUUUCUGAUGCACCCACCGGAUUACCGGACACACGGCUCGCUCUGCGCCACCGCCCCGAUCCGGUUCGGGUGGGUAUAACCGCGGGACGGAAGGACGGAGGAGCGGGUGGAGGAGCUGAAGGAAAAGCGCCAGCAGGGUGGAGGAGGAAGGAGAGAGAGAGAGAGAGAGUGAGGGGAGAGAGACAUUAGGAGAACAUGAGAGAGUAUAAGGUGGUGGUACUGGGCUCGGGCGGUGUGGGGAAAUCCGCCCUGACCGUCCAGUUCGUCACCGGCUCCUUCAUCGAGAAGUACGACCCUACCAUCGAGGACUUCUACCGCAAGGAGAUCGAGGUGGACUCGUCUCCGUCGGUGCUGGAGAUCCUGGACACGGCCGGCACCGAGCAGUUCGCCUCCAUGAGGGACCUGUACAUCAAGAACGGCCAGGGCUUCAUCCUGGUCUACAGCCUGGUCAACCAGCAGAGCUUCCAGGACAUCAAACCCAUGAGGGACCAGAUCAUCCGGGUCAAGCGCUACGAGCGCGUGCCCAUGAUCCUGGUGGGGAACAAGGUGGACCUGGAGGGCGAGCGGGAGGUCUCGUCGGGCGAGGGUAAAGCCCUGGCCGACGAGUGGAACUGCCCCUUCUUGGAGACCUCGGCCAAGAACAAGGGCUCGGUGGACGAGCUGUUCGCCGAGAUCGUCCGGCAGAUGAACUACGCGGCGACGCCCGGCGGGGACGAGCCCUGCUGCUCCUCCUGCGCCAUCCUGUAAACCCACAGAUCUCAUCGUCCAGACCCUUCAAAUCCGGCAUCGGCCCCGAGUCGGCACCCGCCUCCAACCAUCGAAGCUUCCUGUGGAUCGUGACGCCGAGUUCCAGCGCUCACCGUCUCUGUGGGUCCCCCUCGGGCCCCGUUUUACGCCAUAACAGGAACGAGCCGGGCUCCGUAUCCUGCGUCGGCCCCUAAACGACCAAGAAAACACCCAGGAUCCACACGAAGACUCUUGGGCGUCUCGAUGCCUCAGAAUACGUAACGUACGCCGGCUGCACGGGUGCCUCGUGUUCGGGGCCCUCACCCCAGACGAAUGGCAUCCAGGGGCCCUCAUAGGAGCGACGGUUAUAUUCAGUGUGUGGGCGCAGGGGUGCUGGUGCAACUUCGGGGCCGUCAAUAUUCAAACACGUCACGGUUUGUCGUUUUCGGGUUCUGUGGGGCGCUCCUUGGUACCCGCGUCCUGGUACUUCGGGCCCUUGGAGCGUCCAGCAGGUUGAGCAAUAAUCCUAUAACUUUCCAUUCUGCCGGUUCGGGCGCCGGUUCCAGGACGAUCCUCGUUCCUCUUGAUGAUUUUGGUUCCCCACGGACCCCUCGGCGUUUGCUCUUUGGCCCUGUAAUCGCCCCCCCCCCUCCACCCUCACAUCAUGGCACUUCUGCUUUACCAUGAGGGCACCGUGAACGCUUCCGGCCCCCGCCGGCCUGGUCGGCCUCCAUCCCAGAUAAUAUUCCUUCAUGUCCCUGAUGAUUUUCGGCACCCCUGCUCCACCCAGACUAGAAUCUAGAACUAGGAACGAUGUUUACUAGCCAAACGAUAAGAAUCAGACAUAUCUAAUCCCGCUCUGGUGUUUUUACGUCAUCAGUAUUUUAAAGUGUCCUAUUUUGUCUUGCACACGCGUGAAACGUAACGAGCAGAAUGAGCAGCAGCGUUUACAACCACAGAAUACUUGAACGUUCUGGGAUUGAGGCACUCGGGGCUGUUGUUUUUGUACGGAUCACGUCCCCGGUGCCGAGAGAUACGACUUAUUAUUAUUAUUAUUAUUAUUAUUAUUGGUUUUAGAACUAGAGGUGGUUUCUGAACGGCACGGACGGUAACGUAACGUCGCCCCCUGGGCACCACCUCCGGUAUCGGGAGUUUAUUCGUAACGCGGCGUCUUGGAGUUCAUGGGAGCGGUUUUUGAAAGGUUGCAGACGUCGUAGAUCUCGGCUGCGGCACGUUUCGGACGCGUUCACCGGACCCACAGGUGGACGUUGAGGUGGACGCAGGGUCUCGCGAGGAUAACGGAGUGUAUCGCACGCGUGGAUUACGUUCCUGCUCUGAGGAUCCCACUGAUCAGAUUCUGGAUUCUAUCAAAAUCUUUCUCUUUCUCAACGUCAGAACGGCGCCGCUUGACCCAAAAGCACGUGACAGACCCGGGGCGCCACUUAUCUUCUCUCUUCUGAACGUGUGAGGACCUCAGCGUGGUCGUGUAGGGACGUCAUGAUGACGCGGUGCAUCGAGUGCCUUCCAUUUUUAGUGCCAACCAACCAGAGAAGGAAGUUUAACGGCAGUUCAUACAGUACUUACACACACACACACACACACACACACACACUAGUCUUUAUUUACUUUGUUUGUUUGUAUGUUUUUGGGGGGGGGGGCGUACCUGAGUUUAUUUCCCCUUUGUUUUGUUGAAACUGGUCGGGUUUGGUUUAGUCUAACAGGUACUGAAGCUCCAGGACUCCGAAUCAGACGUGUUUAGACCAGUGAAAUCACCACUUUUAUUGUUUUUAUUGUUUUUAUUGUUUUUAUGUUCUGAUUUUGAUUUGAUUUUUUAACAGUGAAUGUGAUGUACUAUUGAAAUUCUAAUCCGAUUGUAUGUUCGAGUGCAGAGCGGCUCUUUAUCAGCUGUUCUCUUUAAGACUUUUAAUACAAAUUGCAUUUUUUAAAGA